AAUCCAAGCGUAACUUUUCGAAGUUCGCGAAGAGCAUCAGAAGCUGUGAUCAGAAGCUGAUCGGACUUCGCUGUUUGUGGUUGAAGGUUUUGCCACCCUUAUUCUAGUAUUUUAAGCGACAUGUGACCGUAUCACGGGACGAACAUACCGGUGAUACCGCAGCAGGUCUGCCGAGCAGGCGAAACGCACAAUGUCCAGCGUGUCGAAGAGACGCGCGGCGAUUGCCGCCUUGCUGGUUGCCGCGCUCGAUUCCGAGAGCAGCAGUUCGAGUAGCAGCGACGACGAGAACUGGGUACGGUUCGCAGGAGAAAACCUCGACGCGCUCCUGGGGGUGCCGGAGAGGCAGCCCAGGACCAGCGGUUUCAUGGAUGUGGUCCGGGCCUACUCGGACUCUGAGUUCCGAACCCACUUCUUGAUGAGCCGAGCCACGACCGUCUCGCUGACGAGGCAGUUCUACCAGUCCGGGCACUACCUGGAGAACACUGGCCACGGAGGCUGCCCCCAAAAGAGCCCCGAAGAGCACAUACUCUCUUUUCUCUGGUACGCCGUGAACAAUUCGUGCAUCCGCGAGGUGGCUCGGCGCUUCGACACGAGCGAGAGCACCCUGCACCGGAACAUGGACAAGGUGCUCUGCUUCCUGUGCUCCCUGUCGCCCCGGCUCAUCGCAUUCCCCUCCGACCUGGACCUGCUCGCCGGAGAGUUUCAGAAGGUUGCCGGCUUCCCAGGAGUGGUGGGGUCCAUGGGGGGCACCCACGUGAACGUACGCUGCCCGGCCCACAGGCAGCGGCCGGUCUCCACAGACCGCGAGUUGUCUUUGGCCGUCCAGGCCGUGAGCGACCCCUGGCUGCGUUUCCUGGACGUCUUUGUGGGGCCACCCGGGGACAAGCGCAACAUGGCCCUCCUGUCCCUGUCCCCCCUCGGAAAGCGGCUGGAAAGCUUCGACCACAGGUACCACCUGUUGACCGACGUGGUGUAUCCGCCGAGGGAAUGCCUGGUGCCCCCGUAUGGUGAAAAGCCUUCCGACGAUCCCGAGACGCUCGCCAAGCAGGAGUUCGACGCGCUGCACGGUGUCACCCACGCCGUGGUGGACGACGCGCUGGCGCUUGUCAAGCGGCGCUUUCGGCAGCUCUCGCGCCUCGAGUUCUUCACGCUCGAGAAGAUGAGCGACUUCGUGCUGGCCUGCUGCGUCCUGCACAACUUCCUCGUUGACGCGGACGACGUGCAACUGGACCCCGUCGAGGAAUCGGCAGACAUGGAGAACGGCGAGGAGGGUGAGGAGGUCGAGGGCUGCGACCUCGCUUCCAACGAGGAAGAAGCGCUGCUGGAAGAGUUGGGGGAGUUGAAGCGGUUGGCGCUGCGCAAGCUCGUCGUCGGGGCCUAGCCAGCGGGGUUUGCGAAAGGACUGCGUCCUCGCGGCGAAGUGACCAACAAGUUUUUCGGUUCGAAUUGCGCCGAAUUGUUUUUGUCGAUGUCACUCAUACUCCAUUUGUACACAAUUUUUCAUUAUGUCAUGCUCUAUUGUGCAUUCGUUUUUCAUCUGAACUUGAAUGUUGCCGAAUGGGGGACGAGCAAAGUGUUCACUCAUUGUUCGUAUGACCAUUGCCAUUUUGGAUGUCCCCGAUUCGCCAUAAAUAUUUUAAAAUCCUUGA